GCCGGCGAGGCGCGUGGAGCAGCGAUCAUGCCCGGCCGUCGGAGCGGCGCCCUGUCGGAGCGGAGCCCGCUGCUGGCGUACCGGCUGUGCAGCAGCACCUCGCUGGAGGCGGAGGAGGCGCCGCCCAGGCCCCGCAAGCUGUCGACCUUCCUGGGCGUCGUGGUGCCCACUUUGCUCUCCAUGUUCAGCGUGGUGCUCUUCCUGCGGCUGGGUUUCGUGGUGGGCCAAGCUGGAUUGUACCAAUCACUGGUUAUGUUUCUGGUGGCCUAUUUCAUCAUUGGCAUGACAGUCCUGUCGGUGUGCGCAAUCUCUACCAAUGGGGCUCUGGAUGCUGGUGGUGCUUACUACAUGAUCAGCCGGGCGUUGGGCCCCGAGUUUGGCGGAAGCAUCGGCAUCAUGUUCUUCUUCGCCAAUAUCUGUGGCAGCGCACUGUACAUCUUGGGCCUGGUGGAGGCCGUGGUGGAUGACUUUGGUACCCCGGCAGAGGGGACCAUUGGGACAGGCACCCAAGUCCUGCCCCGCAGUUACUGGUUUGACCUCUUGUAUGGCACGGUCCUCCUAUUCCUGUGCCUCCUCGUCUGCCUCGUGGGUGCCGGCAUCUACGCCAAGGCCACCUUCCUCAUCUUCCUCAUCGUUAUGGUGGUGCUGGGCACCGUCUGCCUCAGUUUCUUUGUCGUGGGUGUCCAGGUCAUGUGGCUUCCUGCAAGCAAUGAUGGCAACCGCACAGAAGUCACCAAUGCAUCCUUCACCGGCUUCAAACUCAGCACCCUCCUGGGCAACCUGCAUGCGGACUACAGCGUCGAUUACACCACCGGGCGGCUGAUGACCUUCAGUACCGUCUUUGCCGUCAUGUUCAACGGCUGCACCGGGAUCAUGGCUGGAUCGAACAUGUCAGGCGAUCUUAAGCGGCCCAGCUACUCCAUUCCUCGGGGUACCAUCAUGGCAGUGAUUUUCACCUACGUUGUGUACAAUUUGCUGGCUGUUCUCCUGAGCUGCACCUGUGACAGGCUUCUUCUCCAACGGGACUACAGCUUUUUGAAGGACAUCAACAUCUGGCCCCCGUUUGUCAUUAUCGGGGUCUACUUUUCGACCCUCUCAGCUGCCAUGAGCAACCUCAUUGGGGCCUCCCGGAUCCUGUAUGCUUUGGCCAAAGAUGACCUCUUUGGCAAAGUUUUAGGCCCAGCAAAGCAGACGUCGGCUGGUGGGAACCCAUGGGUAGCUGUGAUCUUCUCCUGGAUGCUUGUUCAGCUGGUGCUGUUUUCCGGGAAGCUGAACACCAUAGCUGCAGUGGUCACCAUCUUCUUCCUGCUGGUCUACGCUACCGUGGAUUUGGCCUGCCUGGCGCUCGAGUGGGCCUCUGCCCCAAACUUCAGGCCCACCUUCAAGUAUUUUACGUGGCACACCUGUGUGCUAGGCAUUGCCGGCUGUGUCGUCAUGGUGUUCUUCAUCAGCCCCAUCUAUGCCUCGGCCAGCAUGGCCUUCAUGGUCGUCCUGCUUGUGGCCCUCCAUUACCUGUCACCCAGCAGCAGCUGGGGCUACAUCAGCCAAGCUCUGAUCUUCCACCAGGUCCGCAAGUACCUGCUGAUGUUGGACAGCCGCAAAGAACAUGUCAAAUUUUGGCGGCCACAAGUACUGCUGAUGGUGCGGAAUCCGCGGACCUCCCUGCAGCUCAUGCGCUUCAUCAAUGACCUCAAGAAAAGCGGCUUGUAUGUGCUCGGCCAUGUAGAGCUGGCGGAUUUGGACGCCCUGCCGGCCGACCCCCUGCCGGACCAGUCGGACUCCUGGCUGCAGCUCGUGGACCGGCUGAACAUCAAGGCCUUCGUCAACCUGACACUCUCCCCCUCGGUGCGGCAUGGCACGCAGCAGCUGCUCUUCAUCUCCGGGCUGGGAGGCAUGAGGCCCAACACCAUCGCUCUGGGGUUCUACGACAACACAACCUCCCAGAACAGUCUGUCCCAGCCCUCCGCCUUCAGCAGAGAAGAGGCAAUUUGGCGCGAUUUCCCUCCCAUCUGGAGUUCCAGGGCCCCCAAGCAGCUCUCCUCCUGGGAGUAUGUGGCCAUGAUCUGCGAUGCCAUGAAGAUGCUGCGCAACGUCCUUCUGGCGCGCUACUUUGACAAGCUCAAGCUGCCUCAGAGCAUGGGGUGGCGAGCCCAGCCCCUCAUCGACGUCUGGCCCGUCAACCUGCUGCGCCCCGAUAGUGCCCGCUACGUAGACACCAGCAGUCUCUUCUUGCUGCAGAUGGCCUGUGUCCUCGCCAUGACUCGGACAUGGCGCCGGGCCCGCUUGCGCCUCUUCCUGUGCGUGGAGAGCUGCACCAGCCCCCGGGGCCAGGAGGACAAGUUACGGCAGCUUCUGAAGGACUUGCGCAUCCAGGCGGAGAUCCAGAUAGUGCCGUGGGACAACGUGGUGGCCCUCCACUGGCACAAUCGCCAGGAGGAUGCUGCAGACAGUGCCCUCAACUUCUCCAGCAACAUCGCUUCAGUCUCAGAUGAGUACCUGACGGCAGCCAACCAGCUGAUUCUCCUGCAGACUUCUACCCCCACUGUCCGCUUCCUUUACUUGCCCCGUCCCCCCGCAGACACCAAUUUAUACCCCAGGUACUUGGAGCAGCUCGAGAUCCUCACCCAUGGACUGGGCCCCACACUGCUGGUGCAUGGGGUGAGUGCUGUUACUAGCACUCAGCUGUAAACCAGGGUUGUCAGUUGUCCACUGUGGGCAAGGGUUGGUGGUUGAGGGAACACCAGGCCAGGGCGACCCUCAAGGAAUGAGGUGAAGGUGAGCUGAAGAUCAGCCAGCCGUGCUCCUCUGUUGGCUUGGCUGAAGGUGGGUCUCCUCACCUCCCUGACCUUUUCUUCUCAGGCUGGGCUGUGCGAUUCCUCCCAAGCCCAGCAAGUUUUGCAGCAGGGCCGGUGGCCAGCUCAGUUGUCGUGCCAAGAGCCGAUUGUUUCCACCAGGCGCCUUCUCCCUGCUGCUUCCCUGAACUCCCAGCAGAGCUGCUUGUAACACCAAAGAAAAUGAAACUGAGUUUGGGUCCUUCGUCCUGGGAGUUCGACCGCUAAGCGGUUCUUUGGAGUCUGUGGCUUUGAAAACUCUGCGACAGCCGCCUUGUUUUGACACUUGUGAAAAUGGGAGCAAAAUUAAAGGAGGCAUUGUUGGAUUUAAA